AAACCUUCCCGCGAAAGUGUAUUUACAGACUCCGAACAAAUAUUCCGUCACCGUCAUUCUUUCCUCCGUUCAACAUUUUCCGAUUUCCAAAACUCUCUCACAACUGAAUAACAGAUCCAGGCAUGAAGACCCGUUCAGCCACCAUAUUCAUCAUCGUCGUUGCCAUGUGUUUCCUCUUAAAUUCGGAAGCCAAAACAACGGACCCCUACAAGGUUCUUGGGGUUGAUAAAACUGCAAGUCAGAGAGAAAUUCAGAAGGCGUUUCACAAACUCUCUCUUCAAUAUCACCCUGACAAGAACAAGGCCAAGGGUGCACAAGAGAAGUUUGCUCAAAUAAAUAAUGCAUACGAGAUUUUAUCUGAUGAGCAAAAGAGGAAGAAUUAUGACUUAUAUGGAGAUGAGAAAGGAAAUCCAGGAUUUGGAGCUGGCCAUCCUGGAGGUCAGGGUGGUCCAGGAAGCUUUACCUUCCGACCAGGAGAACAAUGGGGUAGCGGUGAUCAGGGAAGCUCGAAGUCAUUCUCGUUUUCCUUUGGCGGUUCUGGUGAUUCAAAUUCUUUUGGAUUCGGUUUGGAUGAUAUUCUUGGAAAUUUUUUUGGUGGUGGUUUUGGGCCUUUUGGCAGUUCAUUUAGUUCUCAAUCUGGGUCCAAGAGUACCCCUAAAAGUUUUAGAUCCUUAACUUCAAAUAUCUACAAGAAAGAAAUUAUUGAUGAAGGAAUGACUUGGCUUUUGUUAUCUUAUGCACCUUCAUUGAGGGGCAUCCAACACUUUGAGUCCAUUAUAGGGGAGGUUUCCGGUACAUUGCAAGGAGCUUUGAAGGUUGGAAACAUAAACUGUGAAAAGGAAGCCUCAUUCUGUAAGGAGCUUGAUGUAUAUCCGCGCAAAGCUCCAAGGCUUUUUGUUUAUUCUUACAAGGAGAAUGAAAAGGGUUCUCUAGUGGAGUAUGGUGGUGACUUGGCUGUUAAGGACUUGAAGGCCUUCUGUCAACAACACUUGCCAAGGUUUUCAAAACGGAUUGACUUGAAUCAACUUGAUCAAUACAGCACGACUGGAAAAUUGCCUAGGGUGCUGCUUCUCUCCACCAAAAAGGACACUCCUGUAAUUUGGCGUGUUCUUAGUGGCUUGUAUCGCAAACGCCUUACUUUCAGUGAUGUAGAGGUUCAUGAUGUUUCUGAUCCGAGAGUGAAAAAGCUAGGAGUUGAUGCACUUCCAGCUAUUGUAGGUUGGCUACCUAACGGAGAAAAGCUUAUUCUGAAAACUGGGAUUUCGGUGAAAGAUAUAAAAUCUGCUGUACAUGAUCUUAGUAACAUACUUGAUAGUUUUGAGAAAGAAAGUAAAAAGCAAACAUCAAGUCAGUCCAAGAAAGCACAAGCUGAUCCAGAAGAUAGCCACAUUCAGUUGCUUUCUCGGUCAAACUUCGAUGCUCUCUGUGGGGAGAAAACUCCAGUUUGCAUAAUUGGUGCCUUCAGAUCUUCAAAAGCAAGGGAAAAGCUAGAAUCACUUCUCACUUUGGUCUCACAGAAGUCCUUGUCAAGAAAACCAAAUCGAGGAGGCAGCUCUAGGGACUCCAUUUCCUAUGCUCUUUUAGAUUCUGCAAAGCAACAGUCCUUUCUAAACGCAUUUGACAAAACAGGUUAUAAAUCGUCAGAUAAGUUGUUGAUUGCCUACAAACCUCGGAAAGGAAAAUUCACUGUAUUUAUGGGUGAAACAACAAUAGAGGAGGUAGAAAAUUUUAUCAGCUCCGUUUUAAGCGGAGACGUACCCUUUAGGGAAACACAUAAGAAGCCUGUACUAAAAUAGAACAUUGGUUAGGUUGCCCACAAAACCUCACUGGGUUUUGCUGUAUAAAUAUAAGAGAUAGAAUCAGAUCAGUUUCGGUACUAGCAAGGGUACAUAUGAUACAAAACAGAAACAUUUAUAAAAUUAAAAAAUUCUCAAAUAGCCGCUGAUCCAACUAAUUUUGUGCAAUGGAACGAGAUUGACUCCGAAAUUUUGGCAAUGGCAUAUUUAAACGCAGUGCAGUUUAUCA